AAAAGAGAGUGCUGGAGCUGUCCGUGGCAUUAGCCUCAGCAGACUGAGAUUCACACACACAAAACUAGAAACAGCCAGAGAGAGAAGAGAGUGAAGAGCAGGGGCUGACCAGAGCAGCUUGAGAGCAGUUGUUUCUUUAACACUGAUAAUCUUCAGUGUGCCUGGACUUAGAGGUUUGAGGAGUGUUUGUUUGGCUUGACUUUGGACAAACUCUUACUUUGUUGCUCCUGAGACAGAGACUUCUCUUUGAUUAGGACUAGGCACCUGAAAGAACAAGGAAAGACAAGUCUGAGACGUGCACAGGCAGUCAGCUGUCUUCUUCCAGCUGUGUUCACAACCCAUUUGGGCUUCUGUUCUACCAAUGGCUGCUGUGCGUCAGAUGGUUAUGGAGGCCUCUGGCUUUCACGUCCUGCCAGCCCACCUUAUGGCCUCAGCCAUGGAGGAGUUCCCCCAGCAGCUGCCUGUCCCCAAGGGCCCAGCAAGGGGCAAGAGCCGCUCCCGCCGAUCUCGCGAGGCUCGGUUCAAAACACAGCCUGUCACGUUUGCUGAGAUCGCAGAGGUAGAAGAAGAGGGUUCCUCACCCCUGGAGGAGGAGAGGGCACGUCGUUCCUUCCUCCAGUCCCUGGAGAACCUGCGGCGGAGCACACAGACCCUCCAUUGCCCGCCGGCUGCCCAUCACAGCUGCACCCCCACACCAACACAGGCCAGUAUGGACUCCAGUGACUCCGACUCGACCCAGUGAGGGGUGGGACAUGCCCAUCUCCUGGCACCCAUGUUUCCUGCUUCGCCUUGACGCUGCUUCGAAUGGAGGCCAACUGAACUGAACCAAACUGGCCUGUCUGCCAGCCUGCCUGUGUGUGUAAGCUGCUGCUGUCAUACAAAAGUCUGCAUUUAAUAUAUACUAACAUAUCAACAUACAGUAUAUAGCUCGAAGAUGCACUUGACGCAUAUCUGUAAAGAUCUCUAACAGUGCCACAGGCUGGUUAAACUGCUGUAUAGAUAUGAUGAGUGUAAAAGUAGCAGAUGACACAGUGUUGAACACACCACUCUUCAAAUGUAUUCCUUUUUUACUGUAGAUGUCUAUGAGGAAAACAUAAAUGAGCAAAGAGGGUUGAUAUUUUUCCAUUUUAAAGUUGUAUAGGUAUUUUUGUGUCAAUCCAGAUUUUUCUACUUGACUGGUCACCAUAGAAAUGACUGUUGAACAAUGUUAGUAUUGUGACUUACCACGCUGUACAUACUUUGACUAAGCAAUGUACUGAGCAUCGAAAGUGACCUGGCCGUCACUGAAGCAGUAGAGUACCAUUACAAAGCUUUCUCAAGAGUUCAAGCUCUUGUUUUCCAGCUUCACAGUAAAUGAAAUCUCUGCUCUUGCUUCAAUUCCUGAGCAAAAAAAUGUCUUUCUAAAUUUACUUUAUUUAUUCUCUUAUUUUGUUCAUAACCAGGUGGAGUUGUAGAUGUGAUAUUUUAUUGCUCUUUCUGACUUCUAAAGUCACCUUGACUUUUCAAUAAAAUCAUAACCUUUAUACUGUAUAUUUGUUUUACUUUAUACAUAUAUAUAUUACAAUGUUUGUUAUAUGUACUUUAAUAAAUAUUUUCAAAUA